CCUGCAGCUGCAGAGCGAGACAGGAGAGUUUGUUUUUGUGAAUGAGCAGUUGUAGCGCGAGGUGGCUGUUGCUUGGUGACGGUGAGGCUCCCCCGGCCCCGCCCAUCCCCCCGUGCAGACGUCACGCGGGGGUGAAGGCGGUUGGGAGGAGAAGUCGCUCGGGAGGAGAAGUCGCUCGAGCGGGGAAGCGGCGGCCGUUAGGAAAAUGGCGCCGUGCGGCCCGGGGCAGACCCCCGUCACUGGUCACCGCCGCCUUCCUGGUGCAGCUGCUGUGUCACGGCCACACCGGCCGGCUGUACAGCAGGCAGGAGCCGGUGACCAUUCUGGAGGCGGAUGGGGUUGAGGGCCUGCUUGGGAACUGGUCGGCCGCCUGGGUGGUGGAGUUCUACUGGUCGUGGGGCGGCCCCUGUGUCAACUAUGGGGCCACCUGGAAGGUACUGGGCCCGGGAGGUGAAAGGGCCACCAGAAGCCUUCUCAGUACUCUACAAGUGACUUCACCAACAUCCUGUACAACUUCAACAUGAUGUUCCAACUCCUUUAUUCAAUGGUGUGAACAAUUAAGGUAAGUGUGCUGAAUGCUUAACAUCAAUCUACAUUUGUCAAUAUAUCAUAUCAGUUGCAUGACACUGUGACCUUUUGCUCUUAACUCCGUGUCUUAUGAUCCUGCUCCACAGCUACCCGAUGAAGGAGCAGCACUCCGAAAGCUAGUGCUUCCAAAUAAAA